GGCCUUAUCGCUUCUGUUCGGUCGAUAAGGCAGUGUCAUAUAAAAGCACUCACCUUGGCAGAUUCGCAUCAUUCUUUGUCGAUUAGGAAGGUGGAAGAAACAUGAAUCGUUUGAGUUUGCUGUUCGUGCUCGUUGGAGCCGUUGCCGUCUUCGGCAGCACUCUUCCUGCGGAUUACCUUGAAUGGGAAGGUCGUAUUGUCGGCGGAACCAAUGCUGCCUCCGGUCAGUUCCCGUACCAGGUCUCGCUCCGUUCGUCGACCAAUGCUCACUUCUGCGGUGCUUCAAUCAUCAACAACCGUUAUGUCCUGUCGGCCGCUCACUGCACCGUUGGACGUACCCUGGCCAAUACCCGUGUCGUCGUUGGAACUCAUCUGUUGAACAGCGGUGGCGUUGCCCACAACUCGGCUCGCAUCGUCAACCACCCGUCGUACAACGCCAACACCCUGGCUAACGAUGUUUCGCUGGUUCAGACAGCUUCGGUCAUCAUAUUCAACAAUCUGGCUCAAACAAUUAAUUUGAGUGCUACCUUUAUCAACACUGCUAGCGGAGCUCUGGCCUCCGGAUGGGGUCAGUUGGGGGCUAACGCCGGUAUCCCGAAUAACCUGCAGUGGCUGAGCACCAGCAUCAUCACCUUGGCUGACUGCCGUGGCCGUCACUCUGUUGCCAACGCUGCCCGUGUCUUCGAUAACACCAUCUGUACGCUGAGCCCAAGCGGCCAGGGUAUGUGCAUGGGAGAUUCCGGUGGCCCAUUGGUGCAUGGAGGUAACCAGCAGGGUAUUGUGUCGUGGGGUAUCCCUUGCGGCCUCGGCGCUCCUGAUGUGUUUGCUCGUGUUUCUUCGCACCGUACCUGGAUUCUGAACAACGCUGUCUAAAUGGGGACAGUUGGGAUCAUGAUGUGAUAAUAAACUUUGAAAACUGUAUUUAUUUUUCUAAA